AUGGGAGAAGAAGUGGAAGUGGUGGGAAAUGAGGAGGUAAAUGUUGCAAGAGGUGAGGAGGAACUAUUAAAGGUCAAUGAACCCAAAAGGAAGAACCCUCUUGAAGAGCCUACACCAAUUCCUUUUCCAACGUUGGCUAAAAAGGUUGAAAAGCAUGAAGACCUUGACUAUGUUGGAGAUUUUCAAGAAUGUGGAAGUUACCGUUCCUCUUUUUCAAGUCAUCCAACAAGUUCCAAAAAAAGUGUAAUGAUCCCGGUCCUUGUUUUGGUAACCUGUGUGAUUGGUGGGAUGGAGUUCGUGGAUUGCAUGUAUGAUUUGGGCACUUGUGUAAGUAUUAUGCCCCUCCCUAUCUAUGAGAAGUUGAAAUUGUCACCAUUGAAGAGGUCUGGAGCAAGAUUUGUGUUGGCGGACAAAAGCAUUGUGUCGGUUGUAGAAAUUGCAGAAAAUGUAUUGGUCAAUAUCCAAGGGUUGCUAUUUCCGGUAGAUUUUCAUAUUUUGGAAACCCCUCUAAUUGAUUCGGACAAGCCAUCCUCUAUUCUCCUUGGGAGACCAUUUUUGAAGACGUCUCAAUUCAAGUUGGAUGCAUUUUCGGGAGCGUACUCGUUUGAGGCCGAUGGGAAAGUAGUGAAAUUCACUUUGGAUGGAUCCAAGAAGCCCACUCUUGAAGUAUACUCUGUCUUUGGUUGUGACAUAAUUGAAGAUCAAGUGGUUGAGCCUAGUAAGGAGCAUGAAGAAGGAAAUGAUGCCAAGGAGUUGGAGAUUUUCCUCUUUGGAGAGGUCCCAAAUGAUCAAUGA